GCGAGCACGCGUAUUUAAAGGAACGCGGACGUAGUGUCGCGCGAGACUUUUGUCUAUUUCGGAGCUAGCGUUGGGAAUCCUGCGCGCGCCUCUCGUAAAAUUGUCCGAAAGCGACAAAUGACGGACGACGAGCUUCGAACGUCGGAAAACUUGCGGAAGGACAAGCGCGACUACUUCCGUAGCGUUUUCGGAAAGUUCGACAGGGAUGGAAGCGGCACUAUCGAGUUCGGCGAGUUGCGCGAGAUGCUGAAGAGCGACGACGAGGUGCCGCGGAAAAUCGUCAAGAAAGUGUUCAAGAUAUCCGAUAGGGACGACGACGGCCGCAUCGACCUCGACGAGUUCAUCGCCAUGGUCGAAAACGAAAAGUUCGAGGGCCUGUUUCGAGGUUACCUGAAAAACUACGUCAAUUUUAUUGUACCCCGUCAUCGGCGUCGCGGUGGCGCCCCCCGACUCCUUAAACCGAGAGGUAGGAGCGCCCUCUCAACGACGAACACCACGUACGACGCGGAAGAGGGAUUCUCGGAGGAGGAAGGCGCCUACGAGCAAAACUACUCGUGUUGCCCACCUCCGGUAGCGCUGGUCGUCAUAUCGGCGGUCGAGAUCGCUUGCUUCUUGGUGGACGAGCUGAGCGAGCCCGGCUCCACCUCCGCCGGCAACGGCGUCACCGCCAAGAUGUUCGUCUACGAUCCGUUCAAGCGGAACGAAUGUUGGCGGUUCCUCACGUACAUGUUCGUGCACAUCGGACGACAGUGGCGCGCUCGUUUUCAGAUACACCCAUCUGACGGUGAACUUGAUCGUCCAAAUAUUGCUCGGCGUGCCGCUCGAGAUGGUGAACCAGUGGUGGCGCGUGUUGGCUGUUUACUUCGCGGGCGUCGUGGCCGGGUCCCUCGUCACUUCGAUCACGGACCCCACGUGUUACUUGGCAGGCGCCAGCGGCGGCGUUUACGCUAUAAUAACAGCACACGUCUCCAACAUUAUAAUGAACUUCAACGAGAUGAGCUUCCCCGUCAUACAACUGAGCAUCCUGGUGAUUCUGAUAAUCGCGGAUGUCGGUACGGCGAUCCACAAUCGUUACUACUUGAAGAUCGACCAGAAUAUCGGUUACGCGGCUCACCUGGGUGGUGCUAUGGCCGGUUUUCUGGUGGGCAUCUGGGUGCUCAAAAACGUCGAGCCCACCGACAAGGAGAGGUAUCUUUGGUGGGCCGCGUUCGUCUUUUACGUGCUACUGAUGGCCACGGCCGUGAUACUGAACGUCGCCUGGACCGACCAUUUUCCCUGACCGCUUCUCUCUCUAUAUAUGCGUCACAGAAGCGCGUCGUCGCCUUGCAGCAGAACAUGCACACUAUUUUUUACGUUGUUUACAUAUGUAAUUAUUAAUUGUUAAUAUACACCUUAAUAA